AUGGCAGACGAAAGAAACUUCAGGACAUAUUAUUACGAGAAAUUCGGCGUUAGAACAGUUGAAGAAAAGCGAUCGAUUGAAAUUUUGUUAAAAGAACAACCGCUAAAUAUAGAAAAAUUGUUUCAGUUUUGUUGGCGCUUCCCAGUGCCUUCUAUGUACCGUGUGUUGGUGUGGAAAUUUCUACUUGGUAUACUUCCGUCCAACCAAAGCUCACAGGAGUUUGUGUGGAAACAGAGGAAACAGCAGUAUGAGGAUUUGCUCCAUGCCGUUCGUGUCUUGGGCCGAGUCAACAGUCACACACCUCUCAGUGAAGUUUUUCUAAAAAUGUAUUUGGUGGAGGAGGGAGCCCUUCAGUUCCAAGAAGAUAUCAUGCUAAGUAAGGACAAUAACAAGGCCUUCAUGGCCAUGGCCGAGGCUGUUUCCAAGAUUGAAGACGAUCCUGUGUCCAGUUACUGGAUAACUACACGCUUUUUCAGGCAUUUUGACAAAUUUAAGGAUUCAUUACUAACACUGCCUUUGAAAACUGAGCAAUAUUUGCAGAAGGAGGACUCUCAUCACAAGUUGUAUGAUCAUUUACACAAAUAUAAGGUGUUCAGCUCAAUACCUGUUUCCGCCUGGUUCCACUGCUGCUUUGCUGGAAUUCUGCCAGAAACUUCAUUUGAAAAAAUAUGGGAUAAGGUGCUAGGAGGCUCCUGUAUGAUUCUUGUUUUUGUUGCUGUAGCUAUUUUUAUGACUUUCCAUAGACCUUUGUUAAGUAUGACACGCACAGAGGAUAUGGUGAACUAUCUGCGUAAGAUAUCUGAGGACACAGGGGACAUCCUUGUGAAUAAAGCCAUAGAUUUAUGGCAGAAAUAUGGUUGUCACCUGAAAUCCGACUCACCAGUCUUCUUAGAGAGACCACCAACAUGAUAGUUGGUGGACAACUGCUGGGUAAACAAUGGCCACAGUAGUGGUCACACACAGGCGGAUGUGUCCACAUGUCCAGUCUGUGGAGGUCGUGACAGCUGGAUGUCCCAAGAUACACCAGUCUUCCUUCUUUGGGACAGUUGUUGAACAAGUCUGUGUGACUGUUGGAAAAUACAUACAGUUCAACAUUUCGACUGAUAUGGAGUUGUGGGGCAUCAUGAGCUCAUGUCAUGGCCAAAGCAUGUGGCCAAGAUGGCCAUGCAGUAGCUGCCCAAAGAUUGGGCCAUCAGUGUGCCCCAUGGUGUUUUGAGGCCAAUGGAGGCAUAUAGUAUAAACAGCUGAGUUUAAAAUCCAAACCUGCAAAAGUAUAUGAGGACAGCUGAUAAUUACAAGUCACAGUUCCAGAAUAUGAACUGCUGAGAUGAGAUUGUUGUUGGUGAUUAAUUUAUUUCUAUGGGUUUAUCUCCACGUUUUUAUAUUUUGAUAUGUAUGCGUUUGUUGAUCAUGAUACAAAUAUCAUGUGUGUUUUGCUUAUCAACUUCAUCUACAAAACAGGUUGUUUUGGAAAGAAGAUUUUCAAAUUCUUGCCCACAUAUUUCAUAUCUACAUUUACUUUUUUUUAUCUCUGUAUAACUUCUUCAUCAGGUAAUCUCCUUUAAGUGGAACAAGUUGUUUAUUUUAAGAAUUAUUGGGAUGAUGAUUUCUUUCUAUUUGCAGCUGUAGCUGAUCUGCGUUGACAUUUGAUCAACAUUGAUUUUUACUGCUCACAUGUAUGUUUGCCUUUUAGAGGAAAUUUUCCUCCUCUUAUUGCGUGUAGUGUAACCCUGCUUUUUAAUAAUAAGAGUUAAUUUUUGUGAGGCAAAGCAGAUUUCCAUUAUACCAUGCCAAGUUUAUGUAAGUAUCCAACAUACUGUCUUGUUAGACCAGGAAUUAUCUUUUUAGCUUCAUUUGAUGUAAUGUUUAGAGCUCGGUUUCAGAGUAAGUGGAGGUAUUGCAUCAGAGAUAGGUGAAAGAAUGCCAUUGACAUCAGUGGUCAGUGUAGAAGUUUUAGCCUGUCGUUGGAAAGUAUUUAUUUACUUACUUAUUUGAUUGAUAUUUAAUACCUUACUUCAGACUAAUUUACCUAUAUGAUGAGGGCCAAGUGAAACACUGACCCUCACCAGUUACCUGAUAAGAAAGCAUGAUUUUAAAUGGUGUUUAACCUUUUUUGUUUCUAACAACCAUUUUUUUUAUUUCCCUCAUUUCCUUUCUCCAGAUGAGUGGGAGUCAAAAUGUUAAAGGAGUAGUGUGAGUCCUUCAAGAGUUUUGUAAGAUUAUUUUACUACCAGUGCUGGUAAAGAUGAAAAUAAUGUAAGGUCUUGUAUUUUCAUAUUAGGAGACAAAGAAUGCAUUUUUCUCAAUGCUUAAAUGUUGGCUGUGACAUCA